AUGUGGUCCGUACACGCACGUGUUUUACAUGCCAAUGGUUUUUUUUACGUACGUAAGUGGAAUGGCUUGCACACCUGUGGUGUUUCCGUUCGGACACCCAAAAACCCAAGGGUUGGUUCUGACUUAGUGUCUGAUGUCAUUUCUGAACGGGUGCGUGACAAACCCCUCACACGUCCCACUGAUGUUGUGUACGACUUGAAAAAAGAUUACGGUUUGGAGGUUAGCUAUCGGGUUGCCUGGUUAGGUGUCGAAAAAGCCCGUGGUGAAAUGUUCGGUACACACUCAAUCUCGUUUGACCAAUUACGUUGGUACAGCGAUGCAGUUAUGACUAACAACCCAGGCAGUUAUAUCAACAUUGAGUACGACGAACAACACAACCAUUUCUCAAGAUAUUUCAUAUCAUUCAAAGCAUGUAUUGAUGGUUUCGCCUAUUACCGACCAAUGCUUUUUUUGGAUGGGACAUUUCUGAAGGAGAAAUUUAAGGGGAACUUGCUAGCCGCCACAGCGAAAGAUGGCAACCAAGUUGUUGCAUUUAACGAGAAAUUGGAGGAGUUCAUGAAGGCUAGUCCCAAGGUGGCACCAGCUUUCUUAAAAGAUUUACCGCCACAGUACUGGGCAAAUGCGCAUUUCCGAUACACAGUUACCACUUUUAAUUUUACCAAAUUUAUAUUGUGUCAUGCUCACAAUGCCACCUUGUAUAUUUCUGUCCAACAAAGUCACUGUAUCUAUCCCACCAGCGGUGCGCGUUACGGCGAAAUGAGUUCUAAUGCCGUCGAGUCAUUCAACUCAUGGAUACGGGAAGCACGCCACCUCCCAAUCACUCAAUUGGUUGACAGUAUUCAGACCAAGAUUAUACGACAGAUGUCCAAACGCCGACUCAAAGUGCAAUCGUGGCCUGGUGUUGUUUGCCCGAAGAUGGAAGAUCGGUUAGUUAAAGCAUACAAUAAAGGCAGAUCAUGGCUUCUAAGUCAGUCCAACAAUGAGAUUUUCGAGGUCCACUCUUUUCCAUCAGUAAUGGUUGAUGUGGGAAGGCGUACAUGCUCAUGUUUCCACUGGCAAAUCAAAGGGUUCCCUUGUGCUCACACUGUUGUUGCUAUUGGAAACAGCGGACUCGACCUUUAUGAUUUAGUCGAUUCGUAUUACCAUGUGUCGAAGUACCGGAAUUCUUACGCUUGCAACAUACACCAUACCCACGGUUGA